AUGGCCGGUCCGGCAGCGGCAGCCCUGGCAGAAGCGGACGGACUGGACCUCCCGGCGGCGUCAACCAAACCGACCGGUGCUGGCUGGCGGACUGGCGGGCGGGUAACUGCCGGGUCGCCGCCGCUUCCGGCGGCCGGGAGCUCUCGCGAGAGGACGGGCUGGUCUCGCGGGCGGUGGCGUUGCCGUGGCGACCGCGCGGGCCCGGGAGGCGGCGGCCGGGCCUCUUGUGAGGAGCCAAAGUCGGGGCGCACCUGUUCAGUCCCAGAGGCUACGGAAAGGCCGGUGGACAGGCCUUCACAAGAGUCUGAGAAGCCUCCAGACACCAAGCCUGCAGAGAGCUUCCAUGAGAAGAAAGGGGCAGCUAAGCGGCAGUGGCCUUCAUCUGAAGUGGAAGAAGAGUUCUUCCACAGACUUAUGAAAUACCCGGCUGUUUUCCUCCUUCUAGAGAAACCUGAUGUAAAUUCAGAAAAGAAGAAAUUUGCCGUCCCCCAGAUCGUCGUCACCACAGCCUCAAAAGAGACUCUGAUCAGCUACGGUUCCGCAGGAAUGGAGGAGCAGAGGACCAUUCGGGAAAGUGCUGAGCCAGGCCCGUUCUACCGACACAGGAGCCCCAGUACGGCAGACGCCUAUAAUUCACAGGCCAAAGAAUAAACAGGCACCCCAGUAGCUGCAGUCACUGUCUGUGCUCUGAGUCUCAGAGGUGAUGGCAAAGGGCUGCCCUAUCCUGUGGAAAGCUGCAGGUGCCCCUUCAGUAAGCAAGGCUCUCCCCAGCUUCUCCAAAGCCGCAGGCAGCUUGGCAGAGGGCAAGAGUGACUCUGGGGUAAUCGGUGAAGAGAUGACCCUGUUGGAGCUGUCUGGCUGUGCAGAGUGAUGAGCCGGUAGCCGGCAGCAUCUCUUGCUGGCUCUGGAUGGGCAUUAGAAGCCUUCCCGUUCGCUUCUGAAGGAGCGUGGUGUAAGCACUCAGCAGUUAACAGUGGAGGAGGUGUCCCCCACCCUUGAACAAAAGGUUGGACUCUGAGGACGAAACCUUAAGGUGUUAGGUCCCAGAACAGGGAAGUGCACAGUCACCUUGGAGGGUCCAAGGGCUCCUAGCUUGAGUAUUAAGGAUGCAAGGUAUUAUAGGAUCCAGGAGAAGAAUGUGGAUGCAGGAGUGGUGGCAGCCAUGGCACUUAGAACUGUGCAAGUGGCUUUGUCAGAGCUGCCCUGGGAGGAGGUGAGUUGAACUGACGACUUCCCCUCUUUCUGGCUGUGUCUGCGGACUCGUGGUGGGGAAGGGCCGUUCAGGGGACCCCCAGCCUCAGCUGUCUAUCCUCACCAGCAGCCCUCGGGUCAGACUCCACUCUCCUCCGGGGGGGCUGGAGAGAGCGCCCUGCCCGUCCCAGCUCAUAUGUUUAGUCUGAUGACAGUAUAUGUCAGCUUCCUUCGUUCCUGGAACGAUCAGCAGGCUGUACACAUGGUCUGUCUCUGUCUGUUGAUGAGGGUCAUAUUCUUUAGUAGUAAAUAGUACAAGUGACUUCCAAUCCAUGAGUUUUGGUAUAACCUAAGAAAAAAGAAAUUUCAUACUGACAUUGUUUACUAACCUUAUCAACAUCCUUAUUUGUAUUUAUUUAGUAUGUUUAUUUAUGCAUCCUGACUGCCACGACUAAAUAUUUAUACAGAAAAAUCAAGCCCAUACAAAGGUGAAUUUGAACCCAUUGGGUCAGCAUGCCUCUCCUUCUCUAUAAAGUUUCUAGUAGCUGUUGCAUUUAUAUUAUUUGACCUAGAAAUUGCCCUCCUCCUACCCCUGCCCUGAGCAUCUCAAACAAAUAAUCCAAAAACUAUACUUAACACGGCAUUAAUUCUAAUCUCAUCAUUAGCCGUGAACUUAGCUUAUCAGAAUUCAAAAACCACCAGCAUGAACUGAAUGUGGUAAUUAGUUUAAAUUAAAUAAUUCUGACUCAUGAUUAUUUAAUUUCAUAAUUAUCAAACGCCCUGAACUUACAUUUUCAUCAUUUUAGCAUUUACAGUAUAGUCCCCGUGACAGGAGAAGCUGCACCCCUCCUCCUACACGGGCCACUCACUGCCCUGCCUCGUUUUUCUCCUUAGCACGCCGUCUG